UCUGUUUGUGUAUCUACUACAGAGUUCUCCUAAAUUCGCCCAACUUAAUACCGGAAGUAGUAGGUGUUUUUUUUCCUGCGGGGCUGUGUGUGUGUGUGUGUGUGUUGGUUCAGGUGACGCAGCUGAGCGCCGUUAGUGAAGAUGGCGAGCGCAGAGAUCGCGGCGGAGCACGAGAGGAUCCAGCGGGAGAUCGAGAGCACAGACACCAACUGUAUCGGUCCAACACUCCGAUCAGUUUACGAUGGACAAGAACAUGGACUCUUCAUGGACAAGCUGGAGGGACGGAUUCGGAACCAUGACCGUGAGAUUGAGAAGAUGUGCAACCAUCACUUCCAGGGCUUUGUGGACUCAAUCACAGAGCUUCUCAAAGUUCGUGGAGAGGCCCAGAAACUCAAGGGUCAGGUAACAGAGACCAAUCAGAAGUUGCAGAGUGAUGGCAAGGAGCUCCUGACGUCAAUGGAUGAGUUGAGGCAGUGUCGUUUGCAGCAGAGGAACAUCGCCACCACCAUUGACAAACUCACGCACUGCCUACCAGUGUUAGAAAUGUACAGCAGACUACAGGAACAGAUGAGGGCCAAAAGAUACUACCCAGCUUUGUGCACGCUGGAACAGCUGGAGCAGAGCUGCCUGCCAAAGGCGGGGGGCUACCGGUUCUGUGCCAUCAUGGCAGAGAACAUCCCGGUCCUCCGCACACACAUCAGAGACGUUUCCAUGUCAGACCUCAAAGACUUCUUGGAGAGCAUACGCAAACAUUCAGACAAGAUCGGAGAAACGGCCAUGAAGCAGGCACAGGUGCAAAGCUCACGCGACAGUGACAUCACACACCAACAGCGGACAGGCAGUGGAAAGCGGUUGCGGAGGGAGGUGGGAUCAGGCACAAUGGUGGAGAGCUCAGGUGGCAGUCCAAAUUCGGAGCAGGAUUCAGGAAUACUUGAUGUAGAGGAUGAGGAAGAUGAUGAGGUGCCGGGUGCUCAUGACUUGGUGGACUUCUCUCCAGUGUAUCGUUGUCUGCACAUCUACACUGUACUGGGUUCCCGGGAUACGUUUGAGAGCUACUACAGGAAGCAGAGGAGGAAACAAGCUCGACUAGUGUUGCAGCCGCAUUCUAACAUGCAUGAAACACUAGAGGGAUACAGGCGGUACUUCAAUCAAAUUGUAGGUUUCUUUGUAGUGGAGGACCACAUCCUACAUACGACACAGGGGCUGGUGAACAGAGCGUAUGUGGAGGAAUUAUGGGAAGUGGCUCUUUCAAAGACCAUCGCAGCACUACGUACUCACUCAUCCUACUGCACUGAUCCUGACCUAAUCCUGGAUCUGAAGAACCUCAUCGUUCUGUUUGCAGACACACUGCAGGGUUAUGGGUUUCCAGUGAACCAGCUGUUUGACAUGCUGCUUGAGAUGAGGGAUCAGUAUGGAGAGAUUCUUCUGAAGAAGUGGAAUCUGUCCUUCAGACAAAUCAUUGAUCAAGACAAUUACAGUCCUAUCCCCGUGUCAACAGAAGAGGAAUAUCGGCGGAUUUCCGGCCAGUUCCCUUUUCAGGACCCAGAAUUGGAGAAGAUGUCUUUUCCGAAGAAGCUUCCAUUCUCUGAAUUCGUACCCAAAGUUUAUUCCCAACUCAAGGAGUUUAUCUACGCCUGCCUCAAAUACUCCGAGGACCUGCACCUUAGUUCUACAGAAAUAGACGACAUGAUCCGAAAGUCGACUAACCUGCUGCUAACGAGAACCCUCAGUCACUGCUUGCAGUACGCCAUCAAGAAGAAGAAUGUGGGAUUGGCAGAGCUGGUUCAGAUCAUCAUAAAUACAACUCACCUGGAGAUGUCCUGCCACUACCUGGAAGAGUUCAUCUCCAACAUUACCAACGUGCCUCCAGACGGAGUUAAUGCCACCAAGCUCUAUGGCACCUCCACCUUUAAGGAUGCAAGGCAUUCAGCAGAAGAAGAGAUCUACACUAACCUGAAUCUAAAGAUUGAUCAGUUCCUGCAGCUGGCUGAUUACGACUGGAUGGCGGCCCAGGGUGGAGGACAGGCCAGUGACUACCUGAGUGACCUCAUUGCUUUCCUCUGCAGCACCUUUUCAGUGUUCACACACCUUCCAGGCAGUCCCAUAGAGCACGCCAGACUGCCGGGAAAAGUUGCUCAAACAGCUUGUAUGUCUGCUUGUAAACACCUCUCCACCUCCUUGCUACAGCUGCUGCUGGAGGCUGAUGUCAGGCAGGUAUCAAUGGGAGCGCUGCAGCAGUUCAACGUGGAUGUCAAAGAGUGUGAGAGGUUUGCCAGGGCCGGCCCGGUGCCUGGCUUCCAGGGGGACACUCUGCUGCUCGCCUUCAUCGACUUGAGACAACUGUUGGAUCUUUUUACUCAGUGGGACUGGUCUACGUAUCUUGCUGAUUAUGGACGGCCUACCUGCAAGUACCUGAGGGUUAAUCCACACACUGCUCUCGCCCUUCUGGAGAAGAUUUCUCGGGCGUGAGUACUCUGCUCUCUGCAUGCUGUGUGUUUGUGUGAGAAAUAGACGGGGACUCGUGUCAGCAAGCUGCAUGUUAACAGGCUACUGAUUCCAUUUGAACUCUUUAAGAUACUUGAUCUUAAACAGCUCCUGACCUAGUGUGACUUAGAUCUUGCAUUUAACUGACCUGCCUCAGAUCCUUAAAACAGCUUUUGACUCGUAACUUGACUUGGACUGACUCUUAAAUGGCUUGCAGCUUCAGUCAAACUUAGGACUCACAUUUAACUGACUCAAACUGAACUUCUCAAUGAAAUGAAAGUGUGUUUGCUUUAGGGGUGUAAUGGUACAUGAAAGUGAUGGUUUAGUGGUUUAGUCAGUUUAAACACUGAAGAAUUGACAGCAUCUGAACUUCCUAUUUAGUUCACGUAUGGUACAAUGAGAAAAAUAACAACAAUAGAAGACAAUAAAGGUUCAUUUUAAUAAUAUUUGAACAGACAGGUAUUCAAGUUUGUUACAUAGCGGUGCCAUAUAGCGGUGGUUAAAGUAGUCUGUGAUGUGGUAACAUUUGAGUAUUUGUUGUGUUUUCACAGACACACACACCUAAUUUAGUCCAUCAUGAUAGUAACUGAACACCAUGACAUACAGUGUGAACAGUGAGAGAUAAAGACUAAAGAGAGCUAAAAUGACAAUCAUCACUAUAGUUCCUUUAUCUGAAACGUAUUAUUCUCACUAUAAGGCGUACCCGAUUUUAAGGUGCAUUAUGCACCACUAGUAAGGAACAGGGGCAUGGCCAUGUUUUCCUUCUAAUUUAGCAGGUCUUGUCGCUGGGUGUCGAGACCUGGAAAUCUAAGUUAAGUAAACAAAACUGUAAUUCUUAAACAUUUUCUUCAGUCAAACGAACACUGCAAGUUAAUCUACACAGAUUUCUCUUCUGAAAACUGUUUAUUUGGGUGAUUUAGAUUUCCAGAUUUCCACUAAGACUGGGUGCAUUGGCAUUUACAGCUAACCGCUAAGGCUAGCCGCAGUUAGCGGCAAAUGCCGCCCAACAGCCCUACGUGAGGAACCCUGUGUGUUCUGGUAAAGCAGGGCGAUAUUAGCUAGCGGUUUGUCCCACAUAGCUUUUUUUAACAGGUGAACGCGCAGGCUACAGUCCAAUAUACUCGCCUCUGGACAGCAAAGUGUUUGUCCAACGAAGCUAGUGCUUAUUGCAGUUAGCGACUAAUGCUAAAACUGCUCUGGCAGUGCUAGCCGAGGUUAGUAGCAGGGUACAGGCCAAUAAUACUCGCCACUGAAGGGCGAAAGAGCUAGCGCGUAGUGUGGUUAGCGGCUAAUGCUAAUGCUACUCCAGUCUCGGUGCUGGAGGACUAAACUGAACGCUGCUCUUCAGCGGAGUGGCUUUACUGUUUCUUACAAUCUGAUUUAUGCAUAAGGCACUCCGGAUUAUAAAAAUACUGUAUUUGUACUCUGUUCUAAUCCUGACUGUGUGCACUGAACUUUGACCCCUGUUCCAUGACUCUACAAUACUCAUAUACAAAUACUUGUACCGUUACGCCCUUAGCUUGUACGCAUGGUAAUUCAGUUAUGUGAAGUUUGUUGGAUAUGUUUAUUGUUUGGUACUUUCUUUGGUACUGUAAUGAUACUGUAUCCUAUAUUGUAGAGUAUGCAGUAAUAACUCCCCAGUCCUUUUACCACCUUUCUGUUUAAAGGUUGCACUUUUUCUGUUCCCUGCGGUACACACACACACACACACACACACACACACACACACACGCACACACACGCACACACACGCACACACACGCACACACACGCACACACACGCACACACAUGCGCACACACACAAUCCAGCCUGAUCCCAUUUGAGCUGCACUUACCCCAGCCUUACCCUCUCUGUCCUGGAGGCUCAGUGAAAUUGAUCCGUAUAACUAAAGCUUUACAAACCAAACCGAGUGUCUCCGGUUCUGGAGAGCAGAGAAGAUUUGCAGGUGAACUUGUCUAACUUAAAGAAUGGAUUGGUGAAGAUUAGGCCCAUCAAAGUGGUAAUUUAUAUGUUAGUAAGAUAUAUUUUCUCAGAAAUAAUUAUAUAGUGUAACACCCUUUAAAAAAGCAGCAAACAUUCAAGUAUUGAGAAUAUUCAGACAUUGGAUUUGGAAUGUAGAUGGUUUUGAAUAUCCUAUUAAUUGAACAUCAAAAAAAUGAAACUAUUGACAUUUUCUCUGAUUCACAUCAAUAGGAUCUCCUCGUUCAGAAAUGCAUAAUGGCCAAUAAUGAAGUUUGCUAAAAUUAACAUACAGUACCAUUUAAAAGAGACUAUGAAGGAACACAUAAGGACUCGUGUAGUAGCUUAAAAGAGUUAAACAAACCAAAAUACUCUGUUACGCUGUUAUCCUGCGCAUUCUGAGGCUGGUAACUCUGAUGAACUUAUCCCGUGCAAGAGAGGUAACUCUUGGUCUUCCUUUCCUGGGGCGGUACUGAUGAGAGCCAGUUUCAUCAGAUCGUUUUUGAUGGUAUUUGCGACUGAACUGAAUUUUUUUCAGUUUGACUGACCUUUACUUAGUGGAGUAGAUCUUGCCAUAGUAUGGAUUAGAACAUUACUCAAAUAGAGCUAUUCACUGUAUACCAACUCUACCUCUUCAAAACUGAUGCUCUUAAACACAUUAAGAGGCAAGAAAUUCAAGUAAUUAAUAACUCUUGACAAGUUCAGCACAGCUGUUAACUGAAAGCUGAUCAUUCCAGGUGACUCUACCUCAUAAAGCUGACUAAGAAAAAGUCCCGCUGAGAUGUGCAAAGCUCCCAUCUAAACAAGCUCUGUACGUUUUUCUUCAUAAUUUGGAUGACUUUAGUAUUAAUCUACAAAUGCAGAACAUUUUAAAAUAAUACAAAAAAAGUACUGAAUUUAAGGUGUGUCUAAACCGAUACUGUAUCUACAUAAUUACUGUAACAGUGAGGAUUAUAUAGUCUUAAACAGAUACUCAUGUCAGCUCUCUCACUUUUUUUUUUUUAUAGCGGUCUCAGAUACACAUCUAGUUUCCUUUCUCUUUAUCCCUGUAUGGAAAAACACACACACACAUGCACAUGGCUACACACACUCAGAAGCAAACAUCCAGUGCUAGGUGAUACUGAUGGCUAUCACUGCGGUGAUAAGUGUCGGCUGGCUGUGAUCAUCAGACGGUUUCUGUGGCUACAAAUACACUGUUACGUGUCUGUGGUGAUGGCUAUCUAAUCUAAUAACCCACAGCAUCAGUGCAGGAGAUAAGUGAUGUGUGUGAAUAGAGGGACAUAGCUAUUGGGUAGAAAAGAUAACGAUUUGUUAUGAAACGUAACACUAUUUAAAUAAAGGCCACUGAACUGCACAGGUCAUGAGACCAGAGAUUAUAAUGAAUACUUGUGUGUGUGUGUGUGUAUAUAUAUAUAUAUAUAGACUGUCCAGAUCACUGUUAGUCUUUUAACAUUUUAAUAUACAGCCACAGAUUAUAGAGCUAUUCUAGCUAACUUUAUGGCCGUAGCUAUUUGCUGACUAAAGUGUAGACUAAUAAAACCAAUGAAACUAUAAAAAAAAUAAAACAAAACAAUAAAUCACAAUAAUAAGACUAAAAAACUACUAUGCAAUAUUUGUAGCAUACAUCCUUUAUUAAUAAGAAGUAAACUUUAUAGUAUAGUAAAAAUCUCAUUAAGGGGUAGAAUCAACUUAUCUGAUCAACUGUGGGUUGUAGGUUAUUUUACCACAGAUAGCCAUGCAGCAUCAUAAGGAGAUAGAUAGGAGAUAAUAGAGUCAAUUUUGCUAAAUUAUUAGGGGAAAUUGAUGUAAUAUUAAUUGCAUUUGACUUUUUCAGUUAAGCUGAGUUAUAGCCAUGGAUGUGGGUAUAUUGCAAUAUGGAUUAAAUUAUUUAGAUACUCAGACAUCUGUAAUAAUGGAAAUAAUCAAAUAUUUUACAAUUUUAAGAACUUUGACUAAAUGCAGAACAGAAUAUUGGCGGACAAAUUGUUAAUGUAUUACAUUACAUUAACAUUACAUUUACAUUUUUUUCCCUUCUCCUAAAAAGUUGCUAUUUUGCAGAUUCAACACAUUUGUAUUACAACAACAAUAUACUUAAAAAAAAAAAGUAUAAUCACUAAAUCUAACAAAAAGCAGUUUAAACAGAUUUACACAAUAUAAACAUGUCUACGCUUCUUUGCUUUUAUAUUCUAUCUAAAAUAUAUUUUAGAAACACUUAAAAAAAAAAGUUAACAUUACUUAACAGCACUUUUUCACACAUUGUCUCAACUAAACAGCCGUCAUCUCACGCCUCGACUACUGCAAUGCCCUGCUAACUGGCCUCCCGGCCUGCGUAGUAAAACCACUCCAAAUGAUCCAGAACGCAGCAGCACGUCUGGUCUUCAACCAACCAAAACGGGCACAUGUCACCCCGCUGCUCAUUGAGCUCCACUGGCUACCAGUUGAUGCUCGCAUCAAAUUCAAAACUCUUACAAUCGCCUACAAGGUGAUGACAGAACAGGCUCCUUCCUACCUGCACUCGCUCCUGAAGGCUUACGCUACCUCCCGGCCGCUGCGCUCCUCCAAUGAACAUCGCCUCGCUUCACGAAACAAACAUUCACACAAAGCAAUCCAGACUGUUCUCAUACAGAGUUCCCCAAUGGUGGAACAAACUACCUUCCACUACCAGAUCAGGAGAAUCUCUCGCUAUCUUUAAUAAACUCCUGAAGACAGAGCUCUUCAAAGAGCACUUACUCUCUUAACACCUCUAACAAACUAACUACUUCU